AUGGGAGUAAAGGAAAAGUUAAGUCUGAUGCAGAUCCCCUCCAUUCUUCUGCUCGGCUUGGUUUAUGUGGCAUAUGUGCUGAUCGGUGGGGUGAUUUUCUGGAAGUUAGAGGGAGAUCUUGGAAUGAAGGAUGUCAGCCACUUGCUUGACCAAAAAGAAAGACUCCUUAACAAGUACCCUUGUCUCAGCCAAGCUGGUCUGGAGGCCGUAGCUCAGGUUGUUAAAGACACAUCAAAGGUGGGCCUGAGUUUGAAAAGCAACUACACGGCGGACGGCUUCUGGAAAUUCACCAGCUCAGCUGUGUUUGCUGCCACUGUGGUCACAACUAUAGGUUAUGGGAACAUGUGUCCCAGCACUACUGGUGGCCAGAUCUUCUGCGUGUUCUUUGCACUCUUCGGUAUACCACUCAACAUUGUGGUUCUCAACAGAGUGGGCAAGUACAUCCUAGCCAUAGAGAGGAACAUCUCAGACUUCCUGGAGAAAAAGACUAGUCGAAAAACAUGUACCCGCUUUUCCAUCCACUUUGUUUGUUACAUCUGUGGAGUGGUUCUUUUCUUCAUCAUGCCCAUGAUUGUGUUCCAGCAGCAAGAGGGCUGGACAUAUGCCGAGGCCAUCUACUACUGCUUCAUCAGCCUCAGCACCAUUGGCUUUGGAGAUUUUGUGGCAGAUAGCAAUCCAGACAAAUAUUACCCAAAUUGGUACAGCGUCCUCAUGACUUCGUGGAUCUUCUUUGGCAUGGCCUGGCUGGCUCUGGUUAUCAACCAUUCAAUCGAAAUCCUGGAGCGGCUCAACAGCUUCUUUAAAAAGCAGUUCACAAAGCAUGAUAAUCAGCAGGAGGACGAGGCAGGCAGUACAGCUGAUAAAAACCCAGAGACACAGAUGGAGGAGGAAGACGAGAUCAUCCAGCCUCCAGUUACUCCAGAGUCCACCUAG